GUUGUUCAGCUCCCGAAAUGCCAUAAUAGUUAGAAGAAAGCGUUUCUUGGCAGUGAGCUCUAUAGAAUCAACCAAAUUUACCAUCUUGGAGAAGAUUAUAGUUAUCGUUAUGGCCACAAUCAGAGUCCCUGAUCCCGUUCCACCUCCAGACCAAGACGCUGAAAGACUCCACAAAGCUUUUAAAGGAUUGGGAACGGAUGACAAGAGUGUGAUUUGGAUAUUGGGUCAUCGAAAUGCAGACCAGAGAAAAAAGAUUAGAGAGGCAUUUCAGCAGAUGUACAAGAAGUCCCUCAUCUCUGCUCUUCAAUCUGAACUAUCGGGUCAUUACGGGAAAGCCGUUAUCCGUUGGACAUAUGAUCCUCCUGAAAGAGAUGCCAGGCUAGCAAAUAGGGCCUUGAAGUCAAAGAAGCAAGACAUCACCAAACUGCAAGUGAUAGUUGAAAUAGCUUGUGCAUCAUCUCCUCAUCAUCUGUUGGCAGUGAGGCAGGCCUAUUGUUCUCUAUUUGAUUGCUCAAUUGAAGAAGACAUUAUAUCUUGCGUUUCACAACCUGUCAGAAAGAUUCUAGUGGCAUUAGUCAGAUCCUACAGGUACGAUCGUCAACUCGUGGAGUCAGAUGUUGCAAAUAAUGAAGCCAAGAUACUUCAUGAAGCAAUCAAGGCAAAACAGCUAGAUCAAGAUGAUGUUGUGCGUAUACUCAGCACUAGGAAUGUUUCUCAGCUUAAAGAAACUUUCCAGUGCUACAACCAGAACUAUGGCAGCACUAUUGAACAGGACAUUAAGAGUUGUGGCGAUAGCAUUUUGGAAUCUAUCUUGAUUGUGGUGGUCCGGUGCAUAGAUUCCCCCCAUAAGCACUUUGCCGAGGUUAUUUACAAUUCAAUGGCUGGUCUUGGGACAGAUGAAAGUUCACUUACCAGAGCCAUUAUAACUCGAGCUGACAUUGAUAUGAAAAAAAUUAAAGAAGAAUAUCAGGAUGUACACAAAGAGAGCAUCGAAGAUGGAGUCAGCGGAGAUACAUCUGGAAACUACCAAGACUUCCUGAUGACGCUGCUUGGAUCAAAAUUUUAGUCCCUGUUUCGUGAGGUUCUGUUGCUUUCUUACAUAGAUUAUUUAUUAAGUAUGCAUCGGAUUUUUGUUGGAAGAAAAUAAGAGUAAAGAGCUUGCAGUAUCUCCUUUGAUCAUGUACCUUUUCAUUUUUUACAUAAUAUCUGUUAUUAGUAGUGAAAUAAGUUGGUGUAGGAAAUUAUGCCUGUAUAUCAAUAUAUGUUUCUAUCUAGUAUACAUAGAUAGAGAGAGGGAAGAUCGUUGACCUAAUCUUCUGCUUUAAACUUA